CGACUCUCUUGAGGUGUUUCAUUGGUUCGGACGAGCAUGAGCAGCAGGACGCGCCGGUUGUCGGUCUCGGACGUCUCGGACGAAGACGAGUACCUCGUGGCGCAGCAAUCGUCGAGCGAGGAAGAGGAAGGCGAGUGCAUUGACAUGUCCAACCCAAAGGCCCACCGCAAGCAUGACCUCGGUAUCAAGAUCCCGCGCAAGCAACAGGUGGCCGAAGCAUCGGACUCGGAGCUCACGGACGAGCCGCUGCCAAACGUCGCCACCGCUCGUGGUAAAGGCCGUGGCAAUGCCAUCGACCUCUCGGAUCUAUCGGAAGACAAUGACGAGCCGCUGCCAAGCAAGAUGACCACGAAGCCAACGAUCCAGCUCUCAAAGUGGGCGAGCCGCUUCCUGCAACCGCGCUCGGUGGCGCCGAUCAUUGAGGAGCCAGAGCUGGAGCCCAUGAAUGACUUCAUCCUCUCGGACUUUACGACGCGUUUCCGUGGUGCAACGGACGUUGCAGACGACGAGUCGAGCGACGUGGACGCAGUCUCCGACGGCGAGCCCGACGUUGACGCGCUGCGCAUUGGUCGUCCGGUGGCCUCGAUAGAAGCAACAAAGGAGCGCCCCGGCAAGAAGGCCAAGCUCGACGACGAUAAGCUCAUUAAACCCCGGCGCGAGAGCCGGUACUUCAAGAAGGACCUCGCGACCAAGUGCUUCAAUUGCAACGAAAUCGGCCACAUGUCGAGAGACUGCGUCAACCAAAUGGUCAUGCGGCCGUGCUUCCUGUGCGGGUAUCGUGACCACCAGGCAGGCACAUGUCCCGCCGUCCUUUGCUACCGCUGCAACCAACCCGGCCACGAAUCCCGCAACUGCUCGAGCCGGCGCCAAGACAUCAACUACUGCCGCAAGUGUGGUCGCGACCACUACACCGAGACAUGCAUGGUCGGCAACGACGACUACAAGGAUGUGAGCUGCAUGGUGUGCUUUGAGCCCGGCCACUUGCACUGCGUGCCUUUCCCGCGCCCGACCAACCGCCGCAUCUACUGCCCCAAGUGCGCGGGAGCCCACUUCUUUGAAGAGUGCGAUGAAAACUACGACUCGCGGCGCGAGUACAGUGCGUCGUCGUACCGCCAGCCAGCGUCGUCGAACAACUACAACAGCAAACGGACAUCCGACGUGACGUGCUACGAGUGUGGUGAGGUGGGGCACAUUGCGGCCAAGUGCCCGCUCAAGCAGCGCAGCCGGCAUCAGCGGUUUGUCGAGGUGGAAGCGUCGCCACCGACCCCGAAGCGCAACCAAAAGCGGAAACGCGACAGUACCAGCAGCAGCUACAACACCAGCAGCAAGACCAACGGCGCCAACACGGACCACAACAGCAUGUCGUAUGCCAAAAAGUACUUUGCGCGGCGAUAAGAACGGGGCGCCGCCUGUCCAUAGAUGCAUGAUACCAGGACAGUUCAAACCUGUCGUUAUAAAAACACCUUGCAAGUCUCGCCA